UAUAAAAAUCGUGCAAUGCAUGCUAUCUAGUAUAACUUUCAUAUAAACGAAUUGAUAUACAUAUUGGUUUAGAGAGAAAAAUAGAAACAAGAUGAACAACAAUAGCAACAUUGCUAAACGGUGGAGGGUUCUUAGUGGUGAGGAUAGCUGGAGGGGCUUAUUGGACCCUCUAGACAUUGAUCUCCGGCAAUAUAUCAUUCACUAUGGAGAAAUGGCUCAAGCAACAUAUGACAACUUCAUCUCUGAUAAGUUGUCAAAAUAUGCAGGAAGCAGUCGAUAUGCAAAGAAGGACCUCUUUUCUAAGUUGGGUCUAGAUCCAUUGAUGUACCAAGUGACUAAAUAUUUUUAUGCGACAUCAUCAACUGAAGUCCCUGAUGCAUUCAUCUUCAAGUCUUUAUCGAGAGAGGCAUGGAGCAAAGAAUCAAAUUGGAUGGGAUAUGUCGCGGUUGCUACAGAUGAAGGGAAGGUUAAGCUAGGGAGGAGAGACAUUGUGAUUGCAUGGAGAGGAACAAUCCAAGCCAUGGAAUGGGUUAAUGACUUGGAAAUUAAUUUAGUCUCGCCUUCAAAGAUACUUGGAGAGGAAGAUGAUGAUGCUAAGGUUCAUCGGGGAUUUUACUCAAUCUACACUUCAAAUGAUCCAAGAUCACGAUUCAGUAAGACUAGUGCUAGUGACCAGGUUAUUAAAGAGGUCAGAAGACUUGUUGAAGAAUAUCAAAAUGAAGAAAUCAGUAUAACUGUAGUCGGCCAUAGUUUGGGUGCAGCAAUUGCAACCCUAAAUGCAGUUGACAUAGUUGCUAAUGGAUUCAACAUGCCUCAAAAUCAACCAGACAAGGCCUGCCCUGUGACUGCCUUCGUAUUUGCAAGCCCUAAAGUUGGAGAUUUAGACUUCAAAAAGGUCUUCUUUGGGCUAAAAGAUCUUCGAGUUCUACGCAUUCGUAAUGCUCGAGAUAUUGUUCCAAAGGUUCCAUUCAUAGGCUACAAAAACGUUGGUGAAAAAUUGGCAAUUAAUACUUCCAAGUCAGAGUACUUGAAAAGUCUUGGAAAUUUACAAAGUUGGCAUAAUUUGGAGGCUUACCUACACGGUGUUGCAGGUACACAAGGAUCAAAAGGAGGGUUCAAGUUAGAAGUUGAUCGGGAUAUUGCGCUUGUUAACAAAACAUUGGAUGCUUUAAAGGAUAAGUAUUUGGUACCAACUUCAUGGUGGGUUGAGAAGAACAAGGACAUGGUUCGACAAGUAGAUGGCUCUUGGAAGCUGAUGGACCAUGAGCCAGAUCAUCAAGAUGAUGAUUUCUCAAUCUUUACAAGACCUGAGAAAUUAUCGAAGCUGAAUUAAUCUCUAGUAUUUAAUUAGAGUUGUUUAUGCAGUAUUUAAAUGUUUCUUUUAGUUAAGUUUUAUUAACCUAGGCUAUGAGUUUAUGUGAGAAUCUUGUGUAAUAAUUUAGAUUUUUGUUUUGAUAUUGUUGUCACCUUUUAGUGGCUUUGUUUUCUUUCCUUCCAUCUUUGCUUGUUGCCCAUUAGGGCUUUGGCUCAAGUUAUACCCCUUUUUUAUUCUAAUAAAAUCCCAUAUUUACCCAAAAAAUAAAAGAAUAAAAAUUGGUGGUGGGAAUAUGUUAUUAAUCCAAUAGAAAGGAAAUGUUUAUCACUAACUCAUUUAAAAGAUUAAGCUGUUAAAGAGAUGAAUAACUUUAUUAUUUAUAUUCUCAACAUACUUGACCAUAUUUAUAGAAUCUUGAAUAUGCUUCUAGUUGGUAGUAUUUUCAUCUCUAUUUUAUGUUUUUAUUUGUUAGAAAGCACACAAAAAAUGGUUAUAUAACUAUUUUUGGACAAAAUUCUUAUAACAACCCACUCUUUAGGAAAUAUCAAAAAACUUGUUUUCGAAUUUUGAAAUUUAGUUUUGGAGAAGGAAAAAAAAAAUCAUGAAGAGUUGGGUAAGGUGUUUCCAAAAUUUUUAUUAUUUUUAUUCUAAAACACAUGGAAAACAAAAACAAAAACAAAAACAAAGAGCAAAAAAAAGCAAAAAAUAAAUGAAAAACAAUGACUGAAUUCUUUACACGUACUUUACUAAUAAUUGCUUGAAUGUUUACAUUUAAGCCCUAUAAAGUGCAUUUGUUAAGUCUUUAAUUCUAAUUACUUGAUGUAUUCUAAGGCAUUUUUGCUCUUUGUAGGUAUUCGAGCUCAUGAAUAUGCUAAAAGACUAUCAAUUUGGAGCUUUAGAAAGUUUGCUGGAACAUUUAAUUGAAGUCCAAAUCAAGUUAAGGAAAUGAAGUUUAGAAGUUUCAAAAUAGCAAACAAAUUUUCCUUUUUGUGCUCGAGCAUAGAGUCUAAGUGCUUGAGCACUUAAGUUGUUAAAGAGAAAAAGGAUUAUGUUUGUGUGCUCAAACACAAAAGCGACGUGCUCGAGCACAAUCUAUUAGGUUUUUGUAAUUGACAAUAAACUUCAUUCAAUUGUAUUUUUAU